AAAAAAAAGAAGUUGAUUCUAACCUAUGUAGUUCAUUCAAUAUUAUUUAUAAAAAAAAACAAUUUUAAUUCUUGAUAUUGAAAAUAAUGGCUCUUGCUGCUGCUACCAAAAGUUUUAUGCUUCUGGGCCAAUGUGUGCCUUGUAUUAAACAAGGUGCUUCAAAAUUUAAAGUAAAGCGACUAGAAUUGGACACCAAUUUAAACAUGUUUUUUCCAAAACAUGAGUUUGUUUACGCCCACGAUCCCGAAAAAAAAUGUAAAUCAGGUGAUCUAGUGAUAAUUGAACGAUUACCCAAAAGACUUACUAGACUCAUAACCCAUCGAGUUAGAGAAGUCUUAUAUCCAUUCGGCGACAUUACCGAUCCGAUUACCGGUAAAAAAGUCGUUUCAGGUAAUUACAGAGAUCAUUUAGAAGAAAUAAGCAAAUUGUACGGGGAAAAAGGAUCGACGUUUAAAUACGAUGAAGCACCUGAUAGGGGUUGGCAGGAAGACAAAAAAGAUUUCACCCAUUUGGAAACUUACAUCAAAUAUCACGAAGAUGGUACCAACGAUCCGAGAGCUGUUUAAAAAUAAGAAAAAAAUGUAGAAAUUGUAUGUUUAUGUAAUAAAAUUCUCAAUAUUUA